AUUCAAUAAAUUCAGUUAUAAAAAAAAAAAAUCCAAAAAAGAAGAAUUAAAUGGAAACAACGAAGGGUGAGCAAUUAGCACACCAAACACAUUCAUUUCCGUCUUCCUCAGUCGUAAAUUUAUAUGUUGGCCACUUUUUAGCCAGAUGGGGCUCCAGGAUGUGGGAGUUCUCAGUCGGUUUGUACAUGAUCAAUGUUUGGCCGGACUCCCUACUUCUUGCUGCAGCUUAUGGCGUGGUGGAGUCUGCUUCGACUGCUCUGUUUGGUCCUUUAAUCGGACAGUUGGUGGAUAAGUUGUCCUACACCCGGAUUCUCCAACUCUGGCUUCUGUGUCAAAAUCUCUCUUUUGCUGUUGCUGGAGGCGCAGUCGUUGCUAUACUGAUGCAUACGGACUUGAUGACUGCCAAUUACGCGGCAUUCAUCUGUCUCCUCGUACUCAUCAAUAUCUCCGGAGCUGUUGCCGUGCUUUCCUCUCUGGCCGGAACCAUCUUGGUCGAAAGAGAAUGGGUGGUUGUGAUGUCAGAAGGCCAGUCUCCUGGAGUUUUGACGAAGAUGAACUCGGUAAUACGAAGGAUCGAUCUAACCUGCAAGCUGUUUGCUCCCGUGCUCACCGGCUUCGUUAUCAGCUUCGUGUCGCUAGCUGCAUCCGCUAUGGCCCUAGCGAUCUGGAACAUAGCAUCCGUGUUCUUGAUAUACUUCCUUCUCAUGUCCGUGUACGAAGGGAUCCCGAGACUAAGAGACGCGAGUGAGAGAAGGGUGUCGUCAAGAUCCACGGUCAGGGAAGUAGACGAGAGUGCAUCCACUUACCACGAACGAGAGAGCUUGAUUCCUUCAAACGCGAACGAAGGGACCGUGAUUUCGAAAUUUCUGAGUCUUCCUUACAUCAGUGCUUGGAGAGUUUACAUCAACCAAGACGUCGCCCUCCCCGGACUUGCUCUCGCGUUGCUGUAUUUCACCGUGCUCAGCUUCGGAACGUUGAUGACUGCUGCUCUAGAGUGGCAAGGCAUACCUGCAUAUGUCAUUGGGAUUGCACGUGGAGUGAGUGCCACGGUUGGGAUAGCGGCCACGUUCGGGUACCCCGUGUUGGAGGCUCGUAUCUCAACCCUACGAACAGGCCUUUGGUCGAUAUGGUCUCAAUGGGCUUGUAUCUUGUUAUGCGUUGCUUCUGUAUUCAUGAGGAGUCGAAUCUCCUCAGCGUACGUGCUGAUGGCCGGAGUCGCCUCGUCUCGUUUAGGUCUAUGGAUGUUUGAUCUCUCUGUCAUUCAGCAAAUGCAGGAUCACGUAGCUGAAUCUGAUCGUUGUGUCGUUGGUGGCGUUCAAAACUCGCUUCAGUCCAUGCUCGACUUGAUGACUUACAUUAUGGGCAUGGUGAUCUCCAAUCCGCAGGAUUUUUGGAAAUUGAUCGUGUUGUCGUUCGUGGUGGUGACUCUGGCGGCCUUGUCGUACAGCGUGCAUAUUUAUCGAGUUCGGGAGCACCUAGUCCACCUAGACAAGCUUCUCCGGCUGAUUAAAUGGUGACGGAAGACCAAUAUUAGGGGCGGACGUAGAAAAAAUUAUCGAGAUAUCUAUGUUCUUUAUCUAAUUUGCACACAGUCGUUUCAGAUUCAUUUUCGUGUAGCGUCCUCUUCGUGCCCUCGGCAGCUAGUGGGCUAUUAUUGAGGAUUCCGGCGAGUCGGCCAGCUUAAGAGUUUGGGGGGCUUCAGCCCACCCUUGGCAUUGCUAUACGCUUGUACAUAUUCAUAUAUAUGAAGCGUUCUAUUAUGAAAAUGGUUUGUGACAGUGGUUGAAUUUGUACAUCUAUGAUAUGACUAUGAUAUA